CAGCGCUCACCGAACGACGUUCGAAGUCCGCGUUUUCGCGCCAAAACGCGUCAAACUUUCCGUCUGUCAAGUUUUCUUUUUAAACCCAUAGACAAAUUAUUUACAGCCAGUGUUUAAAAAACUAUUUCAUUUUACGUUUCAAGUAUUUUUUUUUCGAAGUUUAAAUGAGAAUGUAAUCUUUCUGUGAACUGUAUGGUGUGCAAAUGUUUUUGUUAUACGAUAUGGCGCAAUAGCCAUAAGUGAUAAGUCACAUAAGAUCGCUUGGUGCAAAGUGAAUAAAAAAGUAAAAAGUGAAAAAAUAUGUGUCACAAAUGAGUAAAGUGUAUAUAAACGAAAUUUUUGUGUAAAAUAAAAAUAAUUAUUGUUGAAAUUAGCAUCAAAACGGAAAAGCGUUAACAAAAUAAAAACCUUUGUGCAAUAAUUUCCUUAAAACUUACUUAAAACCAAAACCAAACCAAAAAAUCAACCUCUAAUAAAACUGUAAACGCCAAAGUGAAAAAGUGUCAGUAAAAGUAAUCAUUAGUGCUACUAUAUUUAAAACCUCUAUAACGAUGUCUAAGUGAAAAAAAAAUCGUGUUCACCAAAGUUCAUCAAUCAAAGUGAAAUAGAUAAAGUUUCGUCAGUUUUCAUCGAAGUUCAUCAACAUUCAUCAGUGAGUCAUAGUGUCUAUGAUGAGUUGGGAGUAUGGGUGACACGAUGCACAAGACUUGCGUCAGGGUCAACUCUGCUGAUGACGACGAGGAGAGGGAUAUCAUUGAAGAUGAUCUGCCCAAGAAGAACCCUUUUAUACGGGGCUCGGACCCGCGCGUCGCGACAUGCCGUGGGCGUCUGCAGACGCGGCGCUGCCAGCUCAACCAGGAGAUCAACAAGGAGCUGCGCCUGCGCGCCGGAGCAGAGAACCUCUUCAAGGCGACGACAAACCGCAAACUCCGCGAGACGGUAGCACUCGAGCUGAGCUUCGUCAACUCCAACCUGCAGCUGCUGAAGGAGCAGCUGGCUGAGCUCAACUCCUCCGUCGAGCUCUACCAAAGUGACAGCAAGGAGUGCGUAAUGCCAAUGGUCCCUCUCGGGCUGAAGGAGACCAAGGAGGUGGACUUCCGCGAGCCUUUCAAGGACUUCAUCCUCGAACACUACAGCGAGGACGCUCAACAGUACGAGGACGCCAUUCACGACUUCAUGGAUAUGAGACAGGCAAUGCGCACCCCUGUGCGGUCGACGGCGGGCGUGGCUCUCCUCUUCAAGUACUACAACCAGCUGUAUUACAUCGAGCGCCGCUUCUUCCCGCCAGACCGCUCGCUUGGCGUCUACUUCGAGUGGUUUGACUCGCUUACAGGAGUCCCAUCGUGCCAGCGAACGGUGGCUUUCGAGAAAGCUUGCGUCCUGUUCAACAUGGCUGGCAUCUACACACAGAUUGGCGCCAAACAGGAGCGCAACACGUGUGCAGGCCUUGACGGCGCGGUGGACGCCCUACUGCGCGCGGCGGGAACCCUCCGGUACAUACACGAGAACUUCACCAACGCGCCCUCUGUGGACCUCGCCGCCGACACCUUACUUGUACUGGGAGCUCUCAUGACGGCGCAAGCGCGGGAGUGCCUGUUCGAGAAGCUGCAGCUGCAGGCGCGCGAGGCGUGCGGCGGCGGCGAGCGCGAGCUGCGCGACGACCUCGACAUGUGCCUCGACCUCGCGCAGGAGAGCGCGCAGCUCGCGCACGUCUACCACCAGCUCUAUGACAAGAUGCAAUCGGAGGGUGUAUUCAACUACGUGCCAUACUCGUGGGUCUCCUUAGUCCACGUAAAGACUGAAUUCUAUAAAGCCCUCGCCCACGAAUAUUGCGCGACGGGUUUACUGAACGCACCGUCAGCGACGCGCGCCAGGGAACGACUCGCCGCCGUGUACGCGCCGGCGGGGGACCGCAGUGUUGAUAAUGGGUCAGCAAUAAAUGCCACAUCAUUGAAGUUUGAACAAGACUUGGACAUCACCGGUCUGGGCCGCGCCCACCUGGCUGAAGCACUGGCGUUGUACGAAGAGGCGCUUAGAUUACAGAGGAUGUGUCGAGAGCUCCGCGACAAGGAGGCGCUGUCCCGCGUGGUCCGUGCGCACCUGGAGCGCGCCAGCCACGAGCGCGCCGCUCUAAGAGACGAGCCUGACUUCGCGGACCUGGUUGACGCGCCGCCAAUACAACCAUCAUCAAAAUUCCAACUGGCCUUGACACCACCGGACUUCGCGCAGCACAGAGUGGAAGACCUGUUCAAAUCCCUCGGCCCCAUCGCAGUUUUCUCAGCCAAGCGCCAUUGGAGCGCCCCCCGCCUCGUCCAACUCCAGAAACACGCUGACCAACGCCGAGAAAGUUCCAGGAGACAGAGAAACGGCAGAAUAGAAGACUACUCAGAACUAAACGGCAAGCGAAGCGAGAAACGCGACCGCUCAGAAGACAACAGCACUUACUACAACCAAAUAAUAAGAAACGAUGAGAAAUACACUGAUGAUUAUGAGAAGAAGAAGCUUCAUAGAGUCAUGAAACAGAAUGGAGUAUACAUCAACAGUUACAAUAAUAAUAACAACUAUGAUUAUCAUCCCAAAAUUAUAGAUUAUUAUUCUAAUAAAUCCGAUAAUGUUCAUACUGAGAAUGGUUAUGAUGUUUAUAGUAAUGGAAAGAAGAACAAUAGAGUUAGGAAGGAUCCUCUAAGAAGAGCAGCGAGUGAAUAUAACGUGUCAAAUGCGAAAACUGAUGAAGAAGGUUUUGGAUUUUCAGUAAGAGGAGACGCACCAGUCAUUAUAGCUGCUGUUGAGCCUAAUUCUUUAGGUGAUAUCGGUGGCAUGCGUGAAGGCGACUUCAUCAUCAGCAUUGGCGAGCGUGACGUCAAGUGGAGCUCUCACGAGGAGGUGGUGCGGCUUAUCCAGCAGGCUGGGGACACGUUAACCAUGCGCCUUGCCACGCCUAUGGAUAAGAGCUGUGUUAAGUCAUCCCCGGACAUUCCGCGGCAGACCAAUUCGAACCAAGGCUCGGUAUCAGCUGCCUCCACAGCCUCGAGUGGCUCCACGGCCGUCACCGCACGCUCCUCUGCCCGUCGUGCGCCGUCUUGGAACCCCUUCCGAAGACAUACUUCUAGAGACAACAGCUCCCACCGUGGCUCACAUACCAGCAACGUUAUCUUUAGAUAAACGCCAUCUAGUGUUGCGAAUUGGCUCUAGCUCCUUAGCGAGCAAGGUAUUCUGUGUAAUUCUUUUUGAUAACGCGCGCUUGG